CAGACGACGCUGCCACCGUAUCUUACAGCAACCUCUUCCAGUACUAGCUUAAGUCAGUUUGUAAAUUGUUUUGCACAUGUUGGCGUCCAGGUCUCGUAAUCAUCAUGAUAAAAUUUUAUAAUCCUUUUGCGAUGAAUGCAGCCCAGCAACCAACUCCUCCAAAAUCUUCGGAAACAGAUGUGCCGGAAAAGAAGCGCGUACCUGUCUUCAUGCAAGACGAACAAUGGGACAAUUUGGCAUUGUACUUUAUUGGGAAUCAACAAAAAUAUCGCGAAAACAUCAUUAUUCCCAACGCAUGGGGUCGUGGCGAUAUCAAAUCAAAUGAGGACAAAACUAUGGAAUGGGUUAUGGAAAGUUGUGGUUUUAAGAGUAUAAUGAGCUGUGUUGUAGGUUAUGGAUUGGGAUUUGCAAUUGGACUAUUUACUACUAGUGUACAACCAAAUGUUGCAGUUGUUGAAAAACAACAAACAGCCAGAGAAGUUUUCAAAGACAUGAAAAAGACUACUUUGUCUUAUGCCAAAAAUUUUGCUCUUAUUGGUUUUCUCUUCUCAGGUGUUGAAUGUACAAUAGAAUCUUAUCGAGGAAAAAGUGAUUGGAAAAAUGGCACUUAUGCAGGAGCAUUAUCAGGAGGCAUUAUAGGGCUGAGAGCGGGUGUUAAAGCUGGCAUUAUAGGGGCAUGUGGUUUUGCAGCCUUUUCAACUGCAAUAGAUUAUUACAUGCACUCAGACUGAAACAAUUAUUGUUAGUUAAUGUGUAAAUAUAUAUUUUAGUAUGAACUUGUUAUUGUAUCAAUAAGUAUUGUUGAAAAUAACAUGAAUGUGGAUAAUGUUACAUGAAUAAUGAAUUAUCAAAAUAAUUUAUUAUGAUAGAGCAGUUGACUAAGAACUACAGAAAUUUUUCUAAGCCUAUAAACAAUAAAUAUUCAAUGACGCAGAAAAUUCCAAUAUAGAUCACAUGUAAAUUAAUAAUUGUCAUUGUUUUUAUGUCUGAAUAUGAAGAUGUAAGAUGACUUACAUAAUAAUUACUUUAAAAAAAUCAUAUUUAGAAAUAAAAGCUUCAAAUGACUGUAAUGUUUAUAUGUACAAAACUUCUGAAAAUAAAAACAAUCUAACCAAAUUCUAAGACAAAAAUGAA